AUGGUCGCAUCAGAUGAUUCUGACUCUGGAUAUGAAUAUGAAUAUGAUGAUAACUCGCAAGAGACAUUCUACCUGAACCUCGACCUGACAACAUGUAAUGGUCCCAUUCGAGUUCCACGCAAGCGCGUUGCAUCUACACCCACUGCUCCCACCACAUCAUUAGACUCCCCGCAUGUCCCAUCUCUAAAUGCCGGUGACGAUCAGCAACAGGACAAUACCAACGCAGACACUGAUCCGGACACCCAAGACCAAGACCAAGACCAAGAUCAGGUCCAAAUCAUGGAUUUGCAUUCCGAGAAUCCCAUCAUCUCCUACCGAAACCAGGUCUUUUCUUGCUCAUGGGUUGACCUGGUCGGAACAGAGAUGACCUUCUCAAUGCCUGAAGAACGCUCCACACUUCCCCGCCUCCGACAGCAUCGAGACUACGAUCUUAUUUCCGCCAAUCGUGUUAAGAUCCUAGGUCACAAGGUGAACUUGAUUACCGGCUCCUCUGAGAUACCGAAGGCCGGUAGUAAUAAUAAUAAUAAUAAGUCUAUCCCCACAUCUGCGCCAAUACCUGACAAUGACGAAGUGUCAACUACCCCAACGGCAGCAGCGGCAGCAGCAGCGGCAGCAGCAGCACUCCCCCGUGUCCCAUCCACAAACCAAGCCCUUUUCCUCGAGCGCCUCAUGAAUGCCAAACGCGCCAAGGGCGAGUCAGACAUCGUGCGCACCACCUUCUCCCAAAAGCGCAACCAGAACUUCGAAGCCAGGUUGCGUGGUUGGGCGCGCACGGGGGAGCAGAUGGCGGAGCUGGAAAUGCUUAACCGGCGUGUGCUGCAGGGUGAUGUGAAUGCGUUGAGAGAGCUGGAGGAUAUUUAUGCGCGUGCGGAGGAGCCAGCCGGAGCAGGGCAGACGCAGGAGCAGGAGUAG